AUGGAUCCAGAAAAGACCCAUCUCAGACACUAUCAGAUACGAGUUCGCCCAGAGGCACUCAGCGGCUGCAGCAGCGGGGAAUAUCAGGUGAAAGGGCAGAGAUACGAGAAUGUCACAUUGGAAUCUCAGGAGCCGACCGUUCGAACGUGCACCAUAAUUUGCGUGAUGCAGAUACCGAGUCCAUGCUACGCCUUCAACUAUCGGGAGACCGAUCGUUCCUGCCAGUUGAUUCUCAACGGGAUGAGUAGGCUCGUCGGAGCCGAUGGAUUCCAGUCCUAUGUCCAGAGUGAAAAAAUCCAUAAAUAUCCAGAAUGCCGCCUGACAGAAAAGGGCAGGGAAUACGCAGGAAGAGUGAGCGCGACUGAAUCGGGACGGAAUUGCCUCAACUGGAGAGACUAUCCCUACGGAAGGCCGGAAGACUUCUCGGACGUUCUCAUUACUGACGACAAAUCCAUCGAUUACGGAAUUCCUUUGGGUCGUGAAUUUAUUUACGACUUUCAAACGUUUUAUGACCACGACGAAGUAUCGCGACGAGACCUAUCAUACGAGGCCCACUUCCGCAAUCGGGACUCCAAGACUCACCUCAACUACUGCCGGAAUCCCUCCGGAAGAGAAAGACCCUGGUGCUUCGUGUCCGACCCAAAAAUCCAGUGGGAAUACUGCGACAUCCCGAUGUGCACAGACCCAGUCCCUCCCGAGUGCAAGGUGACUCAAUUCGGCAGCGAAUACACGGGAAGAAAGGACACGACGAUCGCCGGCGACCCAUGCCUGCCUUGGAGAAACCUGGAGAACAUCGAAAAUCUCCUCCCGGCAUUCCCGGACCCGGAUCGCGUCGACGCGCAUCACAACUUCUGCCGAAACCCGAGGACGCCAUAUCACGAAAACCUUUACGAAGUGAACGCUGCUCCUUGGUGCAUAUUCAAAAAUGCUUCGGACAUCAUAUCGUGGGGUUUCUGCGACAUCCCUUCCUGUGCUCCGACAUCUCUCGGCGAUAGUGCCGGGACGGGUGUGUAUCCAGAAUGCCGACUGUCGCAGAGCGGGAAGGAAUAUGCUGGGAGCGAGAACAAGACAGAAAGCGGAAAGCCUUGUCUACCGUGGGAGAACAACGAGGCCGGACUUGCCUGGGAUUUUUACCCUCAAUCGGAAUUUGCUCAUUUCUACUUCUUGGUCCAAUUCACGGAAGAAGAACGCAACACGAAACACAACCACUGCCGAAACCCAGGGGUGCACAGAGAGCGACCGUGGUGCUUCGUCGCCGACAACGAGACGAAAUGGGAGUACUGCGACAUCCCCUUCUGCCGUGACCGAAAUCCACCGGAAUGCAAAUUGAGCGAGAGCGGACUGGAGUACGUGGGGAAGCGGAACGUCACGAUUUCGGGGUUCCUCUGCCUACCUUGGCUCUCCCUCUUCAAAGAGGACGAGAUACCUUUAACCCACUUCUCAGACGAAGUGGACGGAAAACACGCGUUUUGUCGCAGUCCGCAAAAUCGUCUUAAAGAAUAUUACGGCCCUUGGUGUUAUAUCAACUUCGACGGCGAUGGGGAGUUUUGCGACGUUCCAUACUGUCCUACGGAUGACAGGUUAGAAUGCGACGUGAGAGUCGGAGGGCAUUGCAUCAGUGAGUCCUUCCGAUCGAGAUCAUUCUUCUGGCCAUCCGACGGAAAUUUCACUAUCGGCAGACUAAAGCGUCUGGACGCAUGUUGCUUUCCAGGCCCACUGGAGUGCAAGACGGACGCGACCGGGCGGUCAUACGUGGGAACGAAGAAUUCCACUCGUAAGGGGCACAAAUGCCUCCCGUGGGUGAGCAGGUCGGCAUUGCAGCAAAGAUAUGCGAUUUGGGACUUGUCUUACAAAAAUGAGGAUUACGAAGGAGAAAACUAUCGGUUCGUCAUGGACGACUUGCACCCGAGGCACAACUUCUGUCGGAACCCGAUCGGCGACGAAAACGGUCCUUGGUGUUUCAAGACCGACGGGCUUGGACGGGAUUAUUGCGAUAUCCCCCUCUGUACUUGA